CAGCUCUACUGCUGAGGUGACAACUUGUCACUGACAAGUCAUGAUAAUUUUUUGUAAAGCAAUAGAUUUAUCGCCAUGGAUGACUCGUUUUUCGGAUUUGACACGAAUCUACCGGACGAAGAUGGUGGCGAUGGACGCAUCGUCGAGGCGGAAUACGAUGCCCUCAAUGACGAAACCUUUGGAUCCGCGAUAAAUGGCGACUGGGAGGAAGCCCAUGAGACGAUGGUACGCCUGGGCGGGAAUGGCGAAAGGGUGCGGAAGCGACCCGCGGAAUGUAGUGGGAAUACGGAUUUUGCCGAUCAGGGAAAUGGUGCCUUCCUGCGAUACGCUAAUCCGCUAUCAUCGGCGCCCUCUUCAAGCGGCUCAACUCCGGCCCCUUUGAAUGCCCCAUUCCGACAGUCUCGUCACAUAGGCGACUCGGACUUGGAGCUGAACAUUUCCUCAAUGAAGUUGGACGACAUGGACCUGUCCUCUUUCACCACUGACAGCGAAGCCGGUGGCCUGAGCAACCGCAUUAAGCUGGACUCCGGGGUUUGGGGAUCACAGCCGUUUCCCAACAACCAAAAUUUGUUCCGCGAGCCUAUGCGCAGCGCCUUCAAGCAGCAGCAACAUCAGCAGCACCACCCACAACAAAUGAAGCCCCCACAGGAAGCGAAUGCCAACUUUGCACUGACUCCACAGCCUUUUCCUAAAAUAACAACUCUCGAGGAUAUAGAACGCAAUAUGAUCAUUCAGCAGGCCAUUCCGAAACAACAGCAGCAAAGUCAGCAACAGGCGGAACGCAAAAUGUUCGAUGAUUUUAGUCUGGGUAACAGGCAGCAGGUGCCGACACCAACCAUGUUGCAGCAACAGAUGUUGCAGCAGCAGCAGCAUCAACAGAAACAACAGUCGCAGCAGCAGCCGCCACAACAAGCGCAUCACAAGGUACCCCCUGGCUUCUUGGGCACGCCGCACACCUCUCCACCGAGGCCAAAUUUGGGUUUCCCCGGACCCCAUCCACUGCCCGAGCUACUGCCCACGCCAUCGUCGCAGCAACAACUGAACGGUAUGGGUGGCAACCGAGUACCGCCCGGAUUUAUUUACCCGCAAGGUCUGCCUGGGAAUAUUCCGCAAUUGCCUCAGCAUCCUCUAAUGCAGCAGCACAUGCCGCCCAACUUUCCACUGCCCGGCGGCAACCAGCGACCUCUUCCCAAUCCGCACGCUCUACCCACGGCCCUGAACAAUUUUGCUAUGCAUCCGAGCUUCAAUGCGAUGCGUGCCGCUGGGAUGCAUCCAGGGGCUUUUAUGCAACCACCCCAUCCGCACCAGAUGCAGCCACCGCGAAUGCCGCCGCACCCGCUGCAAGCUGCCACAAGUCUAUUAGGGCAGCAGCCACCGAACUCCAUGUAUAACAUGUUCAACAUGCGACUAGUGCAAGAGAUCCAGCAGAACCAUCCGCUGCUUCAACAGGCUGCUGUGGUACGCCAAAUGCAACAGAGCAGAGCAGGAUCCGUGGCCAGCGAUCGACAGAGGUCGCAGGCGCAACAGCAGCAACAAGGACGACGUCCAGAUGGUACAGGAAAUUACCCGCUGGAAGAGUACGAUGAAUAUGCCAACCUUAUGAGCACGCGCGACAAACACUGGCUAAUCGGAAUCCAGCUUUCGCAGCUGAACACGGACACGCCGUAUAUCGACGACUAUUACUACACGGUGUUCAGGGAGCGCAAGGCCCAACAGAACGGGCAAAUGCGCAACAGUCAGGCGCACAAGGACAACCAGUUGAAUCAUCCGCUUACCCAGCCACGCGGCCAUGCCCAGCUUAUUCUCGUACAGUUGGGCAACAAGAAUGGUACUCGCAAUGGACAUGGACGUGAGCGACGCAACUCGGAGAACGCCAACAGCACGUCAGGCAGCACGAACAAUGGAUUAGGUGGUAACAACAACAACCUUACAGGCUAUAUAUUCUCACCGCUAAAGUUCGAGAACUCACUGGGAAAGCUACAGUACGGAAGUGUGACAGCUCCGCGAAAAAUUAUUGAUGCUGACAUUAUGAGUGGUGAAUCAAAUACCGCCGCUGAAGCCAACGCAACUUCUUCAUCAACUAGCUCGACUCCGCUGCCCAUCUCCGCAAGCCAUGAUGUAAAUCCCAGCAGCAUGCGCAAGUCGCGUCACAUUUUGCUUCUGAUUGAAACGCUGUAUCGCUAUCUGCUAAAGUUAGAGGAUUUGGAAAGCCCAGAAGUGAUGGCCACCAUUGAGCUGAAAAAGAAAAAGGAAGCCGAACGGAUCGCAGCCCUUGAGCAGCUGGAAAUGGCCAAUAAAACGCCCGAAGAACGCGCUGCUGAAGCCGCCAAUCCACAAACCAUGAAUCCGCAACUAAAGAACAAGUUCAACUAUGAGGUGGAGACUAAAGCUGCGUUGGUCAAUAAAUUAAAGGCAGGUCUGGCCUUCGACAAGGUGAUCGCCAUGAUGAAUGUGCGCAAGGGAAAGAUUCUUAUUAGACGCAUAAUGCCCUUUAUUGCCGAUCAAAGCAUUCGCUGGGUCGUAUGGAGCGGCGUCUUCUGUUCCCUACAAACAGUGGUGAAAAAGGACAAGGACGACGUUGAGGGCGUCUUGUACGCUCUUUACCCAGAGUUUAAAAAACACGUUAACAAAGCUACUUUCGAACUCCUAGUGAGCAUUUCAUCUGCUAUUACGCUGAAUGACAAGAAACUGGCUGGAAUUUUCUGCAGUCGCUUUGGGAUUCUUUCGCUGGUUGCCCUGAUACUUCGUGCCGAGGAAAUCUACGUUUCGCGAACUGACGCUACUCUAAGCGAGGAGAACAGGCAAAAAUGGCGGGAAUUUUUGGCGCAGGUUGCAUCCUGCCUCAAUCGCACUAUUCAAAACCAGACCAUCUCGGCAGCCAUUGAGUCGGAUGCAAUUCAGCCGCUUAUGGACCACUUUGAAAGGUUUAAAGAUCUUAAACUGGAUGCACUCUUAGCAUUAAUAACUGAAGCCAGGCAUCAAAUUGAUUAGGUUGCAUUGACGGAUUUUCAUUUAACUUGAUUGAAGCGUUUCAAAUAAUUGUGAAAUUAUAUAGCCAGCCGAGUUCACUUUGCUUUGUAUAGAAUAUGUAUCCAAAACUUACAUAUGUAUGAUCGUUUUUACAUUUACGCAUACUACACAAAAAUAUUGAUACAGGGUAUAUAAAUCUCAUACUGAAAUUGAGAAAGUACUCGACUGUCAAUAAAUUUUGAUAAUAGUUUGUUAGAAACGUUCUUUUAUCCAAAAUUGUGUGCACUGUACAAGAAAGGUAGAGAGAGGAAAUCAUGUUUUAUAAAUAUAAUAUCGAAUGGUAGGUUUUGCUCAUUGUACAUACUUAUAUCAUUUUAUAUUCGAUAAGGAGUACUUUUCCGGCAUUUUCUGUAGAGAUUUAUAAAGAAUAAUUCACCCCGCAAAUUAUUCUUUUUUUUUGUCAUCGAAUUAACAACUGGGCUUUCCUAUAUCUUGUAACCACGAUUGUAAAAGAAAUAUCAUAAAUGCGUUAAUUUAAAAGCACCGAUCUAAUGCGCGAUCCAUGCAUACUCAUUUAAAUGUGCAUCCUUAAGUAUCUGCUUAUUUUCUGGUAAUUGUAAAUAUCGGUUUAAUGAAAUUUUUACUAUAAUACCUUUUGGGUUUCAUUGAAUCAAAUUUGUGCAAGACCCAUUAAAUAUAGUCGAGACAUUCAGCAUAAAUGUGUACUAAAUAAUUAGCAUUGUGACAGGUGCAGCCGUAUUUAUUAUAACAAAAUGAUCAAAAUUGUGAUACAUUUUGACUUUUAAACAUAAACGAAAUUCCGAUGAUCGGAAAGAAUUAGUUUAACACGCAAAUACAAAUUUGAAAUUAGAAAACAGCAAUUUUCAUAAAACUUCUGUAACGCAACGGAUAGAUAUUUGUUGUAAGAAUCCGUUGUGGAGCAUUUUAAUUUUAUUUCGUUUUUAAUUGUAUCUACAUCAUCAUGCAAUGUUGUUAAAUUCAUUUUUUUUUUAUUGAAAUUUAUGUUUUGUAUCUGAAGAAAAUUCUACUCGACUGCAAACGUUUUGCAAAUACUUUAAAACUAUGCUUUUUUAGCAAACAAGAGUCAAAAUACGAUAGCUGUCUAAGAUUGCAAACACAUAUACAAUAAUUGUAGUUUAAUUUGUAUUUAUCACAUACAAACACUUCAAACCUUUUCCUAUACUUAUGUUCGCUGAUUCAAAAGUAAAUUUUUUUAAAUUGAUUUAAUUUCCGAGAGUAUAAUAAAUAAAACAUACCAUUUCACAGAACACACCGAAA